AGUGAGCAGAGCAACGAGAAGAGCAAAACAGAUCGAGAGCGACGGGUUUUCUAACAAACCUACUAAAAGGAUUUCCUCACCUCAAGGUUACAUCCCCACUCAGUAGAGUUUGUUUGGAUCUUCUUGCUGCUUUUUUGGGCUUUUACCUUGUGGGACCAUGAUGUUUCCCGUUUUCAACACGGAGUGCGAUUCUUCCUCCCGCUGCAGCACCGCUUCCCCGUCCGGGGACAAUUUGGGAUACUACCCGUCACCAGCGGGAUCUUACUCCAGCAUGGGAUCACCUCAGUCUCAGGAUUUCACUGACCUGACAGCAUCAAGUGCCUCCUUCAUCCCCACCGUCACAGCCAUUUCCACAAGCCCAGAUCUGCAGUGGAUGGUCCAGCCUUUGAUCUCAUCUGUGGCUCCUUCUAACAGAGCUCACACCUACAGCCCGAGUCCCGCCUACUCCAGACCAGGCAUGAGGUCUGCAGCAUCCAAGGCUCACAACUCCAACAAGAGGGGCAGAAUGGAACAGGUAACACCUGAAGAGGAAGAGAAGAAGAGAGUUCGCAGAGAGAGAAACAAGCAGGCAGCAGCUAAAUGCCGCAACAGGAGGCGAGAGCUCACAGACACUCUGCAAGCUGAAACUGAUCAGCUGGAAGAUGAGAAGUCUAGCUUGCAGAACGAUAUUGCUAAUCUUCUGAAGGAGAAGGAGAGGCUCGAGUUCAUUCUGGCUGCCCACCAGCCCAUCUGCAAAAUCCCCUCAGAGCUGGACUCUGAUUUCUCCGUGGUCUCCAUUUCUCCUUCCCACCCCUGCCUCUCCACUAGUGUGUCCUCCCAGACUCAGGUCACCAUCCCACAGGCAUCCACUUCCAUCACUUCCAGCCAGCCGACAUUCACCUCAACCUCCAACUCAAUCUUCUCCUGCAGCAGCAGCAGCUCCAUCCUCUCCACCGCCACCAUCUCCAACAGCACGGUCAAGAUGACAGACCUGGACUCCUCCGUCCUGGAGGAGUCUCUGGAUCUGCUGGCAAAGACCGAGAUGGAGACGGCGCGGUCAGUGCCAGAGGUUGACCUGUCCAGCUCCCUCUACACAACUCAGGACUGGGAGGCCCUUCACACCACAGCCAGUAACAAUGACUUUGAGCCCCUGUGCACACCCGUAGUGACCUGCACACCGGCCGGCACCACCUUCACGUCUUCUUUCGUGUUCAGCUUCCCGGAAGCAGAGACCUUCCCCACUUGUGGUGUCGCCCACAGGAGAGGAAGCAACAGCAACGACCAGUCCUCAGAUUCCCUCAGCUCACCCACCCUUCUGGCUCUUUAAAGAGUCUUCCAAAAACAAUAAUACUUCCUAUAAAGCACAUUUUCUUGAUGUAUGAGAUGUGCAGAUCACAGGGCUAUGGAAUGGACUUGUACCAGGAAGCAAAUUAUUUAGAAUUUUUAUUUGCCUUUAUCUAUACUUGCCUAUUACACCAAUGUAGCAAGUUAAAAAGCAUGUUUUAACUAAUACCACCUAGUCGUUUUAUGAGUUCAUAUAUGAUUUUAAUGGUGCUAGAUAACAAACUUUGUUGUAGUGUUGAUGUGAGUUCAGAGCAAUAGUUAUUAUUGAUCCAGUUUGUUUUCUGGUUGAUGGAGAGUAAUUGUGAACUGUUUGUGAAACUUAAAAAAAAAGAAAACAACAACAA